AUGGAGAUGAUACAUUUAGCUUCUAAGAGGCUAAAUGGGGGAAUUGAUUUGGAUGAGGGGAGACCAAAGGCAAGGAGAGCAGGUAUGAGGCUCUUCCUUACUCCAGGAGGUGACGAGAGUGGACGCAGGAAGGAUGAGGACGUGCUGACCACUCUGAAGGUCCUCAUCUUCAGCGAGCGUGGGGUGGGUAAGUCCAGCCUGCUCCUGAGGUUCCCAGAUGACACCUUUGAUCCAGAACUCGCAGCAACAAUAGGUGUCGACUUUAAGGUGAUGAUUUCAGUGGAUGGGAAUGAGGCUAAAUUUGCAGUGUGGGAUCCAGAAAAUCGUGACAUUGAUAGAUAUGAAGGCCUGAAAUUUGCACGCAAGCAUUCCGUGGUGUUCAUAGAGGCAAGUGCAAAAACCUGUGAUGGUGUUCAGUGUACCUUUGAGGAACUUGUUGAAAAGAUCGUUCAGACUCCUGGACUGUGGGAAAGCGAGGACCACGAAGGAGUCAAGCUGUCACACAGGGAAGAGAGCUGUGGAGGGGGAGCCUGCGAUGGCUACUGUUCUGUGCUGUGA